CACACACACACACACAGGACACAUAUAUAUGUUUUUUCCCCUUUUCACUGCAGCAGCUCGAAAUAUGUCCUCAAAAGCAGCGCUUGCUUGCUUGCUUAGUGUUGGUGUUGCAGAAGUCCUGAUGUUCUCGCAGUGCAGCUGCUCUGGAAUAGUGAUUCAGACCAAAAACCACAGCUCAGAAAUGGUUUUUGCAGAAUUUGACUGUCACUUGUUGAAAAGACUGGCCAUAUGAUUUGCUUAUACUGAACCGCCGGUACUAAAAAUAUCCAUUUGAACUAGAUUUUCGAAGCUAUUCUGCUCUUAACAUAGUUGCAGACUAACCCAGUGCGGAAGUGAAUGUUUUAUAUUUUUAAUGCAGCGUAUUCUGCUGUCUCCUCAGCGCAGUGGUCGCUAAAAAUGCGUCAGUCUAACCAGGUGCCCGUCUGGUGGCCACAGUCAGAACCCCUUCAGCAUUUGUGUGAAGAUCCUGGCGUUUCAUUAAAGCCCACCUGCUAUUUUUUUUUUUUUUUUGAAGAGCUGCAAACUGAGACUCUGAAAAGAGGCCUGUAUUCAUAGCCGUUUAUUUAUUUGGUUUGGGAAACCAUUUUAGUAUUUUCAAGGAUGUUUGUCUCUGUACCUGAGGUUAUGUGGUUCUCUUAAAGUGCUUCUCUCAAGUGUUUUGCAGUGUACUGAAUAUUUUUUAGGUUUACCUUGGUUUGAAAACUGUCUUUUAUAAAGUGUACAAGUGAGAUUUUGCAUCAAGAAACAAUAAAAUAAUACAGUGUAAAUGUGUAAUUUAUAUUUAAUCAUUCAUCCUCAGCAUUACCAGAAAAUUAUGCACAUUGAGCGGCCUCCAGUAACCCUUCUUGUUUCUGAUGACCUUGGUGUUCACUGUAUUGAGAAACUGCUCAUUGUGGAGCGUGGAGGUGGGAGAAGAAGAGCGUAGUGGCUGUUAAGAUGGAUCACAAUGCUCAAAAAUCAAUUGAUGAAUGGGACUAAUUGGUCAUGCUGGUGUUUCAGCACUUGUCAUGGCAAUAAAUAAAAAGCAUAGAGCCUGACAGACCGCUUGUUAUGGCACUCAGUUCAUAGCUCCUGAAUCUAGUCCAAGCUGAAUUGAUCAAUAGUGUGAACAUCACUGUAAAAUAUUACCUAACCGUUUUCGAUUUCACUUUAUUUGAGCGGAAACCACUGGAAAUCUGCGUUUCUGCUGCAUUUGAAUAUUGUUGUGGUUUCAUUUGUGCCAGGCAGGAACCUGCUGAUGCUCGUUUAAAAAUAAAAUCGCAUAGAUUUUAUUGUUGCUAACAUUAGCUGUGCUCUCCCACAAGCUCAGUCCUCCCUCAGGCAGAAGUGAACAGACGUCAGGGAAACAUGCUGAUGGCUGAAAUUCAUAUUUGUACAGCAGUCAAAUAGAUUCUGCUGCCGAUGCAGUGAAUCAUCAGGGUCAAAGUCACCGCAUUUUGUAUCUCCAGGAUCCUCUUGGUGACCAUGAAGAUGAAAUCCUGAAAGAAAAAAUGUUUUCUUUUUAACUUGAUGCUGAAUGUGAAUGAUUUUCACACACAGGAUUAACUGUGAGAAACCUGAAUGUGCUUACAUAUGAAGUCCUUUGUGUAGUGACUGGGUGACUGGCGGCAGAGGGAGAAGGCUUUGAAUUCCUCCAGCACUUAUUCCAUGGAUCACAUCCAGUGGACGCAAGCUUUGAAGAUCGCCAGAGGAAUCACAGUUUGCGUGGUUGUGAAAGCCAUUACAGUGACGUGAGGGUGGUGCAGCACCACUAGACUGGAUGGUGCGCUCCUUCCUGAUAUAUUACCGUCAAGAAAGGAUGUCAAGAUCCUCAUUAGAGCGUGUACAAAAAUAGCUUAGCAUUAAAUACUUGGCUGGUUUUCGACUGUUUAUAGUGUCUGACGUUCAAACACACAGUAGUAGUUUCACAGUGAGUGGCAUGGAUGUGAAUACCAAACACAACUAGCACUGUCCCUUCAUGUUUGUCAGUAACUGUUUUUUUUCAGUUUCCUUGAAGAAAGAGUUGAUUUUAGAAAGAGGAUAAUCUUUAAAACUGUGUUACGGCUGCACAGGCCGAAGGAGUGGGUCACCCUCGCCGUGUGCACAUUUCAGCCAGAUUUUCAGCUUAUAUCAGGAUUAUUCACAACGGCAGACUUCCUCUGUGAGACGUAGCCAGAUAAUGACAGCCUAGACAGGUGGUGAGGAAAUACUGCGAGGCAGACAUCAGACAAAGCUGGGAAACCCCGAAAGACUAAUCUGUAAGUCAAGUGUGGGGGAUUUUGUCCAAAGAUAUUAAAUUUGCAGAUGCACUUAUCAGGCUCAAAUAAACUGAGGAAGAAGAAGACAAGCAACCUCGAUGUUAAAAAGGAAACAUCUAGACGAUAUAGUCUACCACCUUCAAGUCGAUCUGUUUUGUCUCUGUUCUGAUGAUCAGGUGAAAAAACCUUUCACAGUGCUCACAGUCAGUUUGCAGUGAGUGAAUAUAAUGUAAAAGCCAAUUAUAUUUUUGAACUCAGAGACCUGCUGUUCAGGCUUUUCUCUCAGACAGACACAGGCACCCUACUGAGGACAUGUUUAAUCCAACCGAGGCUAAUAUGAGGCCUCUGUUUGUAUCUGUCUGAGUCACAGUGCAAGGUUAUGUGCUUGCAUGUCGUCGAUCUCCUUACAUCCUGGCAGAUCGAGUGUGUUUUUAAACAGAGGCAAAGACAUUCAGUAGGUAAUUAUUGCAUACUUUUUAUAUCUUAAUCAAGUGCACAGUGCAUAAUUAUUCGAGCGCAGCUAAAUAUCAGUUGCUCUUUCAGUGUCAUACAAACCUUUUUUUGGUUUCUGGAACACGAACCAUAUUUAAUUUUUUUGCAUGUUACUCUUAAGUUAUUGUGGAAAUUUAAAGUUCAAAGUUGAAAUGCGACCGCCAACCUCUCGUGCAAUCCAAAAGCAACACCUGCCGUCAAAUUGCAUUCACCCCGCGCUUAACCGUGCAAUCAGGUCCUUUAGUUUUCUGAACACAGGGUGUAUUUUCUCAGCAGAUAAUUGUAAUUAAACAGAUUUUUCUGUUGGCUACAUAGAUUGGUACUCACCCAAUGUGGAAAACAUGCUCUUCUCUUCUAAAGCUUUGUCCUUGAACUGGAACUAUCAAAACAUUUACUGUUGUGUCAGGGUCUCGAGCUCCUUGUUUGUUCUCUGUGCCAUCAGGCUGCCUCGCAGUUGUCUGAUUGCUAACGUCUAGUCAGACGGCGUGAUGUUGUAGGUGUUUGAGAGGGAGGGUAAAUAGAGUGUAAAUUGGGUAAAAUGGAAAAAGAUAAGGAGCAGACGAUAAGGAGAAAAAGGUGACUUUAAAAGACACAUUUUCUGUGGUCUACAGCUGACCUUGAGACUCUGCCUGUCGGCGGGAUUAGUACAUCACUACUGUAAUUGUUCACCUUGAGUAGCAGACCUCCUUGUUCUUUCUUCAACUCGAUCCCUGCUUCACAAGAAGCCUUUUGUUGGUGUUAAACUGCUGGGCUCUGUGUUUUAUACCUGCUGCCCCAACAGAAGUCCAAUCUGGCAACAGGAGAGGCUUUAAAUGGGGGAAAAAAUGUAGUUUACUAACUCCGCUUUUAGGAACCGGAGACCAAGACUGUCUGACCGCAUGCCUGCGUGCAAGUCUCUGGGUAAUGUUCUUGACCUUAACCAAAAAGCUGCCUUUUAUAGUCCUAAAUGAGUUUUUCACAUAAAAGUUAUUUAUAGUCCGAUUAAGGAAGCUGAGUAAUGUGGGAGUUGAGAUAACAAGAUGUAAUUUGUUUACAGUGUCGUUAAAGAUAUUGGCUACAAAGUAUAAUUUAAUGACAGCAAAACACUGGGAUUCUUUGAUUAGUUUUAUUAGGUCAAUAAAGAAGAUGUUCCUUCCAUGUUCCAGCCCUGUGGUGCUCUCUCAGCAUUGGGAACAUAACUCCAAGCAGUGUUAGUCAGUCUGUAAAAACACAUCCAUCAACUUCCAGACUGCACCGUAAAGAAUUAGACAUGCGUUUGCUUUAAAGAGGAUGUCAGAAGAUUUUGAUAAACCCUGUCCCAACAAUACUGCAGCACAGCAGCAGGAGCCCCAGUGUGAUAAAGAAUCUGAAGGAGUGGAGCCCCCUCCGGGUCUGUCAACUUGUGCAGUCAGUGUCAGCGCUGGCUUCAGAUCUCCUUUCAGCAUGCUGCUCCCUAAUUGGGCCGUCACACUUGCUAGAGAAAUUUGUCAGGUUGCUGUAAAAUGAACUACUUGGGCAAAUCAAAAUGUGCAUCAUUUUGUUCCUCCCCAAACCACUCAUCUGCCCGUGAAAUAACAGGAUACUCGGGUUUUUAAAUGGAUAAACUACUUUCACUCAUUUCCUGUUGGGAGUGUGUCAUUAAAGGGUAAAUACUUGCACUUUUUUUUUACCACAGUUGUUUGCUCAGUAAUUGCAUCUCCUGGGAUUUAAUCUGAAAGAUGUGCAUCGGUAACCAAGCUGCGCCUAUUUAUACACGGCACGCCUAAAGUAGGGGCUUAUUAUUCUUACACUCAGCCUUACAUGUUGUUCCAUUAAUUUCCAGCAGCAAGCAGGAUAAGCGGCUAAGUCUAUCCCCUUAUCGGCUACUUUUCUGAAUCUGGCAGUGAGCAGAGCGCGCGCACAUGAACUCCUCCUCUGUGCUAAUGUUCUCCAUCUGUCAGUAAUGCUGCUCAGGUUGGAUGAGAUGUUGGGAGCUAUCACACGUAGUGACUGCACCACGCCUGGUCAAGCACGAGCCCAUCGCCACGCCAUGUCAACCCUCAUCACCUCCCCUCUCUCGGUGAUGGUGCAGAUGUUUCCCAGGUUGCUCGGGGUGGUAGGAUGACUCAGCUCGAGUUUUCACUCGGUGCCUCACCGACUCCCAGUUCAGCCCCUCUUCUCAGUCAACUGGCAACUUAAACGCGAUCUGGCUGCACUCAGACUCGGCUCAAAACACAUUAUUUUCAGUGUCAGGCUCUCGACUCUAGUGGUUCCCGGCCUCUUGAAGAAAUUACUUUAUGCAGUUAUUCUGUGUUAUUUUGUUAAGAAAACACUUGCCCUCGUGAAUCCACACAAAACAUCCUGGAAUUGUUCAAGAAGCUCUCCUUUCGUACUGUGACACUUCAGCUAUUUAUCCACAACUUUCAGCUGUUUAUUUAGACUUCUCUGCUUGCAUGCUAAGUAGUUUGCAGCAUAUGGGAAUUCUGUUGUGUCAUCUGAACAAUUACUACUUAAAUAUGCUACAGAUCAGGCUCUAAUCAGUUCCUGCAGUCUCUUGUUUAUUUGUUUUUGACCUAACACAGUAUGAAUGCAUUAUCACGUCUAUUCUUUUAGCGAUAUCAUCUCCACAACAUUUCCCACAUGCAGAGCAGUAAAUGCAGAAACCAUGAGAAGUAACCCAGCCUGGAAAUGACUGUUCGAAUGUUCAGCACUCUCCUGGAUUAACUACAGGGCCUUUUAGAGGGGCUAAUCGCUCUCUGUUUAUUCCAGACCUUAAAGAAUUCAUAAUCCAAAGUACUCCGUGAUAAAUCUUCGCCUCUGUGUUUUUUGUGUUUGUUUUGUUUUUGCUGUGUUCACAGCUUAGUCCGCAGACUUCAGUGGGUCUAUUUCUUCUAAUGCACAGUCCCUUAGGGAGGUGGAGAUAAAAACCAAAGCUCUUUGCACCACAAGAAGAAGAAGGAAGUGAGGUGAACGGAGAAUUUAAAUAAAUGCAACUGCAUGUUUGAAAUGUGAGAAUUUCCUUGGGAAGAUUACUGAGCACCUCACUGUCGUCACGCAGUUGCUUCAUAGACUUCUGUUUCUGUAUCUCACAUACUCAGUUGUAAACACAGGCAGCUCUCUUCUUUCUUCCUUUGCUUUAGAGAUGUUGUUCCAUGUUGCAUCAGAGCAACAGUGAAGCACUACUCUAUGUGCACAUCAUAUUUUAUUCAUACAGGCUGCAGCACUGAGGCACGCUCCUUUCUGCGAGCCCAAAGCAAGCAGCUGUCAGAAAUCCCCAGAUACUGUAGCCAUUUCUACGUCUACCGUAGCAUAAGCCAUUGGGAAAAACAAGAAUCUCUAAGAUAUACUGGUCAGAGUGAAAUUCAUGAGACAGCGGGAGAAGAUGGGUCUGACGAGCCCCUACCAACCUCAUUUUAAAUGAACCUGCUUCUGUUUCAACCCUCGAAGCAGAAGGGCUGUGUGCAUGGGAGAUACCAGCUUCUAUCUUUUUUAUUAGUCUCAAACAACACUUACAUAACAAUGCAAUAGGAAACCACUGCCCUGAAAUGCUCUGUCACUUUCAAUAAUACACAGUGCAUCUUGUUAUCAGAACAAUACAACCCUGCACCACUGCGUCAGCAUUUCUCAAACUUCCAAAGGUGCCAUACAAGCGUCCUUUCAUUUUUCCCUCUGUUUGUCCAGUAUUAUCAUGCAUGACUUGCUUACUUUGAAUCUAUUUAUUUGAAACACAUACAUCUUUUAUCAUUAUAUUUUGGUUUUUUAUAAAUAUUUUUUUCCAUAUUUUUGUUUGAGGGAUAUGUAAAGAUUCAUAAUUACAGUAUCCACAGGAAGUGGUCUUCUUUUUAUUUCCCAGGCCACUCCUUUCCGGCCAAACAGUGUUUGGCAUUUUGUCAGUAUGCAGCAAAACCAAGAUAUCUGCAGAUUUAAGUCAGAUGGAUUCUUUUUCAGCUUUACUUAGUUUGGUUUCCAUUGUGUUAGUUUUUGUUUCUAUUAUUUAGAAACCAGGAGACCUGAUUUUGACUUGGUUUGUUUUAAAUUUUGCACUUUGUACUUAUUUAUUUUCUUCAUGGUUUUCUAAAGACAAACCCCGUUAUUGCAUUACAUAUAUUCUUUGGGUUAAUGCUGAAGUAAGAUGUGAAAACUCAAAGUGGGACAAAGCAUCAACAACGCUUUUUCUUGCCAAAAAUCAGUUUUGCAAGCAUGCAAAACAAAUUCCUGCAUAAUUUAUUUUUGGUUUCUUGGAGUUAUUUCUCGUGGCUUAUACCAGAUAUGCACCGUAGAAGAAUCACCGUAUUUUGAUUAUCGUGAGCAGAUUAUUGUGAAAGCAUCGUUUUGUGACUUACAUUAACAUUCUUAGCUGAAGCAAAGAUUUAUAAUUGGAAAUAUAAAAAUAUGGGUGUUGGGGAGACAGCAGACUCUUAAAUCCCUGCUGCCAAUUUAGCAAAACGAAUAAACCUCAACUCCUGUGAACCUGACCUCAACCUAAAUCUUCACAUAAUUACCAAGUUGUCACCUUAAAAUGUAAAUAAUUUAUGUUAUGGUAAUUUUGUUGCACAUCACAAUAGUGUGGCACAACACUGCAUUACCACACACAGACACAGACAUGCACACACAAAGUGUAAGCUUUCUCUUUCUCUUCCUUUUCUUCAAAGGAUUUGAUUUUCAAAACAAAGCAGAAUUUAGAGAAGGCAGAUAGUCCUUGUCCUAAAUUCUGUUCGAUAUUCUGCCAAAUUACAUUAAAGAAAAAGAAACGAAUGAAAAGUUCUUAAGUAAAGGAAGUGCAUAUCUUAACAUACUCCUACACAAAAACCCACUUAGUUCCCCCCAGUCUUAAAAUACGUGUGAAUUUGACAUGCACAUUAUCGCUGUGGUUAUUAUCAGUGUUCAGUCAUGGGAAUAUUAAACUGACGGGACCAACAGCGAGGACAUCAGAACAUCAGCAACUUAUCAACAACACCAUCAUUUGAAUAAAAAUAGAACGUAAAAGCAGCGAGGCCUCUAACAAUCUUCAUAUCUAAUUGGAAAAGAUAUGUUGACAGUAGGCCUCUGGUGCUGCUCGACCUUUUGCACGGAGAUUUGCGCGAUGCUGAUGAGGCGCGCGGUUCACUACACAUUUUGCGAGGCGUGCUUACAGAGCAUCCUAUUAUAUGUACGCUCUUCAUGUUCCUCCAAUGAAUGCAUCCAGACCACUGCCCUGCAUAAUUGUUCACACCGAACAGCUCAUCAAAAACUGCUAAACAGCUUGUGUACAACAGCGCUCCACGACAGAUGAGCAGACUGUUGUCAUGCUAUCCUUUCAUUAUCUUUUUUGUAAAGUAAAAUAAAGUCAGUCGGUACGAGGCUGCUGUUAUGUUCAGUGCAGAUAAGUUGCUGUUUUGACACUCCACCAGUAUGGGUGUCAGUUACUUGAGAUUCUGCUGUGGGUUGUUUGUGUAGGUGGUAAAUGCAAUAUAGACUUCUGCAAUACUAGCGGCAGGAGAACAUUUCUCCAGUGAAGUGAGAAAAUAAUUUUCAGUCAUGAUUCAAAACAUAUGCUUUGGCUGCAUAAGCUUCUGCUCUGCUGGGGCGGCGGUCUGUGCAAACACUGUAAAUUGAAAACAUUGAUGUUUUUUUCGUGGUUUAUUUCAACAUAUAUAACUACUCAACUGUCACUGCAAUCUCGCAAGGAACUUAGCUCAAGAUGUUUGCUGUUUAACUUUUUAGAAUUGCAAAACGGAUCAUUUCAUCCGCUUUCUGGGAAAACGUAUGCUUUUAUGUAGUGGACUCCAGCUGAGUGCUUGCAAAAGAUUUUGAGAUGGUGAGGCACGCCCUUUCUCUCCCGGAUCAUCUCAGUGAAUAGCCGGCCGCACAGAGCUGAAAGGAUCUCAGCUCAGCUGAUAAAUAAAACCCUCUUCCCUCCGCACAGUGUGGGAGAAAGUGCCACUGCGGUGCUGGUGUGGCAUCUUUGUAGGCUGAUAACUGAAGUGAAAGCAGCGUUUGAGCGAUCAUCUUUCACCUGGAGCCACUCACCUUUCAGGACGUGGCCCCAGAGCCGGCUGUCAGGGCAGGUCUGUCAGUGGGAGCAGAAAGAGAUUCUCACAACCGGCAGAGCAGCACAGAUGCAAGCAGCCUUCCUUACGAGACUGGAGAUUUAUCCACAAGGGAAAAGACAUGUUAUUUUUUGGGUGACCUUCAUGCAGGUCUAAGACUUUUUCAUUGACUUUUAUCUUUGCUUUAGCUGGUGCCCAGUGGGGCUGUGUGUGGUGUUGACUCUUCAUCUUUAUGAUUUUUCAUCACUGGGCGAGUGUGUCUGAGUGGCUGGGAGAGCCAGCAUGGCCAAGCCUCUGCUGAAGAUACAGCGCUACUUCCGCAGGAAACCUGUGCGAUUCUUCUCCCUCAUCCUCCUCUACCUGACCGCCGGGAGCCUCGUUUUUUUGCACGCUGGCUUCGUCGGGGACAACGGUCCCGGAGCCCGAGGAGCCCGAGACUCUCUUAUAGCUUCGGAGAUGGGCAGCUGGGCUUCAUCGGACACUCGGGGACUUGGCCUCAUGAGUAGGGUGUUUAAGGAAAAACGGAGAAGUGGACGGAGGUUCGGUCCCCCUUGGAUGAAGAAAACUAGACAGGAGGGCCUUGGGAUGGUGGGCAGGGGGCGAGACUACACCAGCAACUGGAACCGCGCGCUGAAAGGACGCAAUGCCAAAGACCUGGAUGAUGGAAGAGCAAAGUACAUCGGCUGCUACAUUGAUGACACUCAGAAAAGAGCUCUGAGAGGAGUUUCCUUUUUUGACUACAAAAAAAUGACUGUAUUUCGUUGCCAGGACAACUGUGCAGAAAGGGGAUAUAUGUUUGCAGGCCUGGAGUUUGGCGCAGAGUGCUAUUGUGGUCAUAAGAUCCAGGCGCCCAAUGCUUCAGACAGCGAAUGCAACAUGGAGUGCAAAGGAGAGAAGAGCAACGUGUGCGGAGGGCCCAACAGACUGUCCAUCUAUAGGCUGGAGCUGAGUCAGGAGUCAGCGCGCCGCUAUGGCAGUGCCAUUUUCAAAGGGUGUUUCCACCAGCCAGACAAUGUCACACUGGCUCUCCCCUUCAGCGCGGUCAUCCAGAACAUGUCUGUGGAUAAGUGCGUGGACAUGUGCACAGAGAGGGAGAAAUCGCUGGCUGUGCUCGCAGGAGAUCGAUGCUACUGCGGAUUCCCAACGCCCCUCUUCUCCCUGCAUGAGCUGGAGGACGAGGGCAUGUGUCUCAAUCGGUGCCAAGGGGAAGAGUUUGAAAGCUGUGGAAACGACAAGUACUUUGUCGUCUACCAGACACAGGUUCAAGAUAAUCGGUGCAUGGACCGGCACUUCCUUCCCACUCGUGCUAAGCAGCUGGUGGCCCUCGCCAGUUUCCCUGGAGCUGGUAACACCUGGGCUCGCCACCUUAUAGAGCUCGCCACUGGCUUCUACACCGGCAGCUAUUACUUUGAUGGCUCCCUGUACAAUAAAGGAUUUAAAGGGGAGCGCGACCACUGGCGGAGUGGGAGGACAAUAUGCAUUAAGACACAUGAGAGCGGCAGGAAAGAAAUCGAAGCCUUCGACUCCAGCAUCCUCAUGAUACGAAACCCCUACAAAGCCUUGAUGGCAGAAUUUAACCGGAAAUAUGGUGGACAUAUUGGAUUUGCUUCCCAGGCCCACUGGAGAGGGAAAGAGUGGCCCGAGUUUGUCAAGAACUAUGCCCCUUGGUGGGCGUCCCACACGCUGGACUGGCUGCACUAUGGGAGGAACGUCCACGUGGUCCACUUUGAGGAUCUGAAGAGGGACCUGUUCACCAAGCUCAAAGGAAUGGUCGAGUUUCUGGGUUUGAAGGUUUCUGAGGAUCGCCUGCUCUGCGUCGAGGGCCAGAAGGACGGGAACUUCAAGCGGUCGGGGCUACGUAAGCUCGAGUACGACCCGUAUACUCCUGAAAUGCGUUCAAACAUCAAUGAACUGAUCAGAACAGUAGACGCUGCUUUGAAGAAAAGAAACAUGUCUGGGGUUCCAGAGGAAUAUAUGCCAAGAUGAUAAAUGUGAAGACCUCUGUUUUCCUUUUUAUUUUGUUAGUUUUCCUUUUUAUUCCUGCACAUCUUGUAGAAUUUCAUGAGAUAAAUCGAUUUUUUAUCGUGUUAAAUGUCUGUUAAGUCAUGUAGAUGGACACCUAUUUCAUUUUUUCAGUCAUCUGUUUCUUUUUUAAACGAAACUAAAUCAGCUUCAUGCAUUCAUGGAGUAGACGUGACAGUUUUAGCAGGCAAGGUUUGUGUUUCUCUCAUUUGCUGAAUGAAAAGCACUCCUUAUCCUGCUCUAUGCACAUGUGCUGUGUAGGCAUGUGCACAUGCCUUAACACAAAGAAGCUACAGUAGCUGUGACUACAGAGGGGCUCAUCUGACUGUGCUGACAAAAGAUACGAUACAACACUGCAAAGUGUGUUCAGUGAGCUUAUUUUGUGCAAAAGAAAAGUCAAAACAUUAAUUUUCCUGCUGCUAUUACAGUUACAGAACUAUUUUAUAUAAGAAGCUCACUGAAAGCUGUAUCUCUUUGUUAGGGGGGAAAAUGCAAUAUGCAGGGUAUAACUACCUGAUGGUGAUGAUACUGUGUGUUUCCAAGAUUUUGUAAGGUGUUUAAUUCACUGUAUGUACGAGAAAUCAGAAGGUUAUUCAAGAAGCUGAGUUAUCCCUUUCGAAGAGACUGACUCGAGGAGAGAAGAGGAUUAAUGUCUGCAGCAUUUAUUUAUCUCCCGUGAGCAGCGCACACGUUGAUUCAUUUGGCUGUGAAUAUGUUUUCUUAACACUGGACUCGAUGCAGAAAUCCAAAAAGCACUUCGGUGUGCAACACCUUCCCCAAAGAUCACUGAGGAAUUAGGCAUUACACUCGUGUAAUAGACUGGAGUUUACCUUAUAAGUAGUGACUGUUGUAGAGGUUUAUUUAUGAGAGCUAAUCAUACUGAAUGUGAAAACUGUCUUUUUUCUUUUUUUUCACUGCUUUGUUGUAAGAAAAGCUUUGAAACUGUUAAAGCUCGUAAUCAUUUUCCUAUUCCUUGUUGAACAAACAAAAAAACUCCAGCAAACUUUUGUGCAGCACGUCUUAAAACGGCGCUCGAUCUCCUCUGCCGCUUAAACACAAACAAAUACACAGAUUGAUAAAUCCAAGGAUAAAAAAACAACAACAGCACCGGUGAUUGAGAGCCAGACAGCAUUAACUGACUUCCAUUUUCAGUAUAAUAAAACUAUAUUUUUAUAGUGUAUGCUGACACGUUCAAAAUAUUUGUAUUGCAACAGGCAAACGGGAGAGGUUGUUUCUAUUUUUAACACAUGCUUUAAACUUUAUUGGCUCUUUGCAUUUAUUGACAAGCCGGCACUUAUUGAACAGGUGUCACAUUUGAAUGUAUUUUCUAUGGAAUGAAUGUAAUGUAAUAUGGCCCAAUAAAUGAGUGAAUCCAA